AUGGCUUCAAAUUGUGAUUGUAUCGAACCAAUAUUGGAUGCAGUCGAUGUCGUUAAAUCUGAUGCCAAUGAAACAACAACUGAAGUAGCUAUAGACGAAUCGGCAUCCAACGAUGCUCCAAACGUACCGGAUACUAUCGAUAUUGUUAAAUUCGAUACUAAUGAAACAACAACUGCCGUAGCUGUCGACGAAUCGACAUCCAACAAUACUCCAAACACGUCGGAUACUAUUUCUCAGAUCAAAAAGCAAGUCACAGACGAGUAUUCAACAGCACCGAAAAAUCACUCACGUGGACAGAAUACACACAGAUACACGAGCCUAGCUAACAAUCUUGCAAGUAGUACAAUGACACUUGUUAUUCAAAGAUCGAAGCCACUAAUUCUCAAAUUACGUAAUCCAGAGUAUACUUGGUCGUGUAAUGCCAUUAAACCUCAAGGUAAUAUCGAAUCGACGACCAAUUCACUGGGUAAUGAACUAGUUGCUCAUGUUACAGCGACUGUGAACAGUAUUCGGAAUGAAGUCAAAAGUGCUCGUCCCCAACCAGACGAAGAAAACUAUGAGCUAAAAAUGGCUGCCUAUCUAGAAUUUGUGAAGUGUAUCACACAUAUGAUAAAUAGCUUAACCGGAGUUUUUGACGAUUUCCUAACCGAAUAUCGCAGACUUAUUGAUCAACUAUGGGAUCAUCUUCAACAGUGUGCGCACCCAGAUACCGACCGCUUUAUUCAACAAUUUCUAAGUCAAGUAGAAAAAAUAUUUCGUGAUGCCGUGACAAAUAAGAUUGAGCUAUUGUUCAAAGCGAUCGAUUCUAAAUUUAACCCAUCGGAACAAUGA